GUCGAGAAGAUACUAAGACUUCAACCGAAUGUGAAUAAGCUUUAUCUUCUUGUGAGGGCUUCAAAUAACAAAUCGGCCACACAACGGUUAUAUGAUGAGAUCAUAAGCACAGAAUUGUUUAAGAUUCUUCGCAAUAAUUGGGGUUCGAAAUUUGAUGCUUUGAUAUCAAGUAGGGUGAAAGCAGUAGCAGGUGAUAUUUCUUUUGAAAACUUGGGAUUGAAUGAUUCAGAAUUAAGAGAAGAGAUGCGGAAGAAAAUCCAAAUUAUAGUAAAUGUAGCUGCCUCAACAGACUUCGGUGAAAGGUAUGAUGAUGCGCUAGGCAUCAAUACGUUUGGAGCUCUCAAUGUUCUAAAUUUUGGAAAGAAAUGUGAUGAAGUAAAAUUGUUUCUCCACAUUUCAACUGCUUAUGUAUGCGGUGAAGAGACGGGAAUAAUAUUGGAGAAGGGUGAAAAUUUGAAAAGAAGAAAUGACAUCAACAUUUUUGAAGAAAAGAGACUUGCCGAGGAACAACUAAGCCAACUACAAAAUCAGUGCAUCCCAGAUAAAGCAAUAACAUCGUCAAUGAAGGAAUUCGGCCUUGAAAGGGCAAAAAUGAAUGGGUGGCCAAAUACGUAUGUAUUUACAAAGGCAAUGGGAGAGAUGCUUUUAGAGAAGUUCAAAGGAGAUUUGCCUCUUGUUAUAAUCCGCCCCACAAUCAUUGCAAGCACUUACAAACAACCUUUCCCUGGUUGGAUUGAAGGUGUCAGAACCAUGGAUGUUGUCCUCGUGAAUUAUGGAAAAGGGAAGCUAACAUGUUUUCCUGGCAAUCUUAACUCUGCUCUUGAUGUGAUACCAGUAGAUAUGGUGGUGAAUGCCAUGGUUGUGGCCAUGGAAGUUCAUUAUGCACAGCAUCAAUAUUCUUGUGAGACCAUUUACCAUGUUGGAACCUCAUCCAAAAAUCCUUUAAAAUUAUCAGAUCUUCGAAAUCUUGUGCAUUAUUAUUUCACUAAAAACCCAUGGAUCGAUACAAAUGGGCAGAAAGUAGAAGUUGGUAAAUUGAUAGUGGUUAGCACAAUUAAUAGAUUUUUCCUAUACAUGAAAAUCAAAUAUGUGCUCCCACUGAAGGUAUUUUAUUUGAUCAACAUACUUUGUUGUCAAUGCUUCGAGAAAAUUUAUACAAAUCUUAAUCGUAGAGUCAAGUUUAUACUUCGACUAGCAGAAUUUUACAAGCCUUAUUCAUUCUUCACAGGGAUCUUCGAUGACCGAAAUUUAGAGAGAUUGCAAAGGGUGGCUGAAGAGAGAGGCAUUGAUUUAGCUGAAUUUAACUUUGAUUCCAGGAGUAUUGAUUGGGAAGAUUAUAUAAUGAAUAGUCAUAUUCCUGGCCUUCUUAAUCAAGGGUUAUUGUAAUUUCAUAAGUUUGUGGGACACAAGUGAAUGUCAUCAUGGUCAUAUUCUAUUACCUUUUGAAGAGUAGUUUUUGGUGAAUAAACUUUGCUUCCUGUGUUUCAAGGAA